CCUUUGAAACCGCACGAGCCGACGGCGACGAAGACGAGAGCAUCUAACUUACGCCCACGCAAUUUUCGCGGCGUUCUUGUUCAGAGCAACGACGCUUUCGUUGUUAUCGAUUAGAUUUUCUUUGUGAUAAGUUAAAAACUUAAGGCAUACCAGCAAAAGUAUGAAUAACCUGAUCAGCAGUUGGUGGCUUUUGAUACAGUUUCUAAAAUGCCUUACCUGUGAAAUUUUGCUGGAUGCAGAGAACACUCGGGUUUGGGGACCUGGUGUCGAACUAGCUGACAAGUUUACCAUUGGAGCUCGUUAUUUCUUCAUCGAGCCCCGGAGUUCCGACGGCAAUUUGUUAACGGAGACCUUCAAAUAUCGCGUUAUUUUUUCUGGACGAUCAAAAAUUGGUGAAUGUCGUGUUAAAAUUGAACAGAUUGAUAGAUACGAUGGUUCAGCCAUUAUUCGGUACAAAUUAUUGGAAACUUGUUGGAAUGUGGAAAUACAUGUGAUGCAUGGAGAACGACAUUUGGGAAAAUCUCCUUUCAUUUUCAAGGAUAAAUUGUACAUCGAAAACUGUUACUGCCCAAAACACUCACUGGAAGAGUGGUUAGCUCAGGUCGAAUGCCCAUUGGAGGACCCUCAAAUAGAGAAUGACAUGAUUCCAUUCCGGGCUGUUAAUUUUUCCAGUUUGCGACCAAGGAUAAUAAGACAAUAUGACAAACCAGGAAGCGUUUCCCUGUGCAACUACGUGGUAAAAGAUAAUUCCAUCUAUCGUACCUGUUAUGGUCAGUAUACCGGAUUUAAAAUGUACAUGGAUGCCAUACUGAUGUCCCUGACACGCAAGCUUCGUUUACCGGAUAUGGAAUUGUUUGUGAAUCUCGGUGACUGGCCUUUGGUAACAAAAGGUGGUCAUCGGCGUACAACAGGGCCCUACCCAAUAUUCUCCUGGUGUGGUAGCGAAGAUUCCUUCGACAUAGUUAUGCCAACGUACGAUAUAGUAGAAUCUUCCCUUGAGGCAAUGAGUCGGGUCACUUUGGAUAUGAUUUCUGUCCAGCGACGUGGAAUUCCGUGGGAAAAUAAAACGCCUAAAGCUUUCUGGCGUGGAAGAGAUUCUAGACGCGAACGCUUGGAGCUCGUCGGAAUCUCCCAACGUCAUCCGGAUCUAGUCAACGCAUCAUUAACAAACUUUUUCUUUUUCCGAGACGAAGAGAAAAUCUAUGGCCCCAAAGUAGCUUAUAUAUCGUUUUUUGAGUUUUUCAACUUCAAGUAUCAGAUCAACAUUGACGGAACUGUUGCAGCCUAUCGAUUACCGUAUCUCCUCGGAGGAUCGUCGGUCGUUUUCAAAACUGAAUCGAAAUACUACGAACAUUUCUACAACAAACUUCAUAGAGGAACACAUUUCAUUGGCGUGAAGGCUGAUUUGUCAGAUUUAAUAUCUAAAAUUGGUUAUGCCAUUCAGAACGACUAUGAAAUGUUGCAAAUUCGUGAUAGUGCCAAACAAUUUGUUCAAGACCAUUUAUUGCCCAAGUCUAUUCUUUGUUAUUAUGGAUUACUUUUUAAGCAAUAUUCUCAAAACAUUGUAAGUUCCGUACAAGUGAUCCCUGGAAUGAACAAAGUGGAACAACCUGUAGCCAGUUUGAACUGUGAUUGUGAUAUAGAAGUUACCAAUGCUGAGCACGACGAGCUUUAAAACAAACAAAUCUAGCGCGCCCUAUCUAAUCUCAAUGGUAUGAAAAUCCCAAAAAUAUGGACCAGUUUUACCUCGCUUUCGAAGAAUCUAUGAAAGUUAAUAACUUAGGAAAUAUAGUUAUUAGGCUGAUUUUAUUUUUGUUAUUUCAACCUAGCCCUACUUAAUCUUCGCCUCUGCCCCAACAUACUUAAUUUCAUCGAAUGCCUUUCGAGCUCUCUUUAGCUCUUCAUUCAUCGUUAACAAAUCCUUAACACGGGAAUACUUACGGGCGUCCUUACGAACCAGAAAAAUGAUAUCUUCGACUUGAACACGACCUGUGCGACCA